UGCGGGGCGUGGGGUUUUAGGGGGGGGUUUGCGUUGCCGCGGCCGCCUCCAGCGGAGAGUGCGCACGCGCGAGUCGUGUGCUCGUGCUUCCCGUGUGUGCACGACAGGAGGGGGUAUCAUUACAGGUGGGAUGGGGCGACAGAAUGUUGCAGCAAUAGGCCAGGUACAGCAGAAAAGCGGUAGUGCACAGAAGCAGAGUUCGUGUGUGAUUGCCAAUGGUGUGUUGUGGCUUAACUGUGAGCGUUUCUGGGAAAAGCGAGGUGGUUUCUUGAAUGUUGUUCGACGGCGCUGCCUCUCACUCUCGUAGCUCGCGGGCGGCUGGGGGUGACCGGAGCUAUCAACGGUCGUUUCCAAUUGGACAUUGCCAUGAACGGAGGUUGAUGAAUACAUGAAUUACUUUUUGAUGUGUGAAAGGGGGAAAGCCGGGGUUGGGGAACGUGCAUUCCAUGCUUUCGAGUCGUUACAUUCACAUGGCCUGCCGCUUAGAUUGUUUCCGGGGGGUCGAGCAUGAAUCUGCUAGCGAGGGCCCCUAGUGCUCGUAUGGAGCAUCGGGCUUGGUGCUCAAGCUUUUUGCUCGGGAGGCUUGAGGUCGUACGUUUGCCGCGCGUAGGCGUAUAGAUGCGUAAGUAUGCACGGAUAAAAAGCGAAUUUUCGUUUGGUCGUGGGAACCACUUUGUAAGCUGUUGAUGGCGAAGCGAGGUACCGGAUAUUCGGUAGCGGGAAGCUUUUUUAUCCUGUUUACGCCGGUGGUUUGCGUGUCCUCCCCCCCUUACCCUCCCUCCCCGCUCUAUGCAUAACAUGCCCUUUUUUCCGCAUUGAGGUACACUGUAUGCGAUUCAUGUUCGGUUGUGGUGUUUUGGGGUCUUACAUGACCUCCAAGGAAGCCUGGGGUGUACAUUGCGAAGCAUUAUCAACUCGACUGCGACAUGAAGCGAUAGCGGGCUUUGCGGGCAUGUUGCCUUGCGUGUGUUUGUUGGGGCGAUGAGGCCGAGGCAGAUCCUUUUCUACAUGACACGGCGAGAGAUCCUUGCCCCUGCUAGAUUACCGCCUGCUUGCAUUAACUAGCCGUUACAGCAGCAGAGGUCCCUGUUUCGGCCGGUUGCCCUGCUGAAAUCGCUCGGCAUUUAUCCAUUCGUCCCAAUUCUCUGAAUGGUGCCGUGUGCCCGAUAUAAAUGUAUACAUUUUUUCCUCCCAUCAUUGGACUCUGU